CACUCUAAAGAAUGGGUAGAAAAGGUAAUAAAACAGCAAAGAAACAAAAAGGUCAUAAUGAGCUAACGAAGCAGCAAAAAAAGCAUAUCGAAUUUCUCUCAAAGUCUGUUAAUGUCCAACCUAAUCCUCCAAACCUCAGUACCGACUCUUGCAAAGACUCAUCACCUGCUACACCUUCCAAGAACAAGGAGACAAAGAGCAAUAUGAAUUUUACUGAAGAGACUAAGAUCCAAGUCACUCCUAAAACUGAAGGUCAAUAUGUCAUCCAAGAUGGCAGAAGCGACUCUAAUCCUGACAUAUGUGAGGGAGACCAAGAAGAAGACUUUGAGGAAGGUCAUGAUGAGCAACAGAAGGAAACUAAAGAGACUAAAGAAGAAGAGAAGAAAUUUGAACAAAUAGAAAGUAGCGAUAAGCAAGAAGAAAUUUUUCAGAAAGAUACAAAGAAAAUUAUUAGUAGCAAUGAAGAAGCUAAGAUGAUUCAUAGUGAAUGAGAUACUAGCCUAAUGAAGAAGGAGAAAGAAGAGAACUCUAACCCCAAAUCAUCUCUGGAGGACAAAAAGGACGAAUCUAUUAUAGACGAACCAGAUCUCACUAAAAUAAACGAUUACAACAUCAUCAAAACUCCUCUUACUGAAAACCAAAAUCCCAAACUCCCUCCACAAGAACCCUCCCAAACUCCCAAUCCCCCCAACCCACCCCCAAAGGACUGCACCCCUCCAAGCACCCCUCCCUCCUCCAGUCCCCUUGCUCUUCCCCAUUCUCCCAAAGCCACUCCCUCGGACUCAGUUCAUCCUAAAGACCCUAAGUGCCAGUUCAAUUCUGAUUCCUCUAAAGCGGCACAUCUCUUUCAGACUGAACCCAGCCUCUGAUGAGUUUACACCUGUAACUCAAUACCUGAGUCCAAAGAUGACCCUUGCUUAAAAGAGAACCAAGAGGAAGACAAAGCUGCUGACCUCUCCAAAACCCCUCCUCCUAAACCCUCACCCAAUAAAGACCCAACAAAUAAUUCCGCGGAAAGCCAACCACCCACAAAAGACACUAACCCAGACCACCUACACACUCCUCCCCAAGCUCACGCCCCUACCCAACCCUCCCAAGAAGCCAGCCCCACUCACCCUCCUGCCUGUGCUGCUCUUCCUGAAGAAACUCCAGCUGGCAUCACUCAGGAGGAGAGAGCUCAGGAACAAGACCAGGCUAUUGGGGUUGGAAUGGGCUGACAGUGAGAGGGGGUAGAAGGAUAUGGAGGUGCAGAUCGGAGUUUGAUGGUAGGUGAUGGAGGAAGGGUUUUGAGGUGUAGAAAUUGUUUAAAUGGUAAUUUUGGAGGUUCGAUCAUUUGGAAGGGGGUCAACUCUGGACUUGAUGGCAAAGAUAAGUGUUGUAAAAGAGAGAAAGAAGAGGAGGUGAAGGAUAUAAGACCUGAAGAAGAUACUUCUAAUAGAAAUCUUGGUGAUGAAGAGUUAGCAAAUAUUGAUUCAGAUAAGCAAGGAAUUAAAGAUGAAGCAAAAGUAGAAGAGAAAGAGAGUCCUCAACAAAAUGAAGAGCACAUUGAAGCGAAGUACUCACAGAAUAAUGAGGCUAACAAAAAUUCUCAUGAACUUGAUAAAGAGGAAUCUUCAAAAUCUAAGAAAGCGGAUCCUCAGAAGCCAGAUAAAGAACCUCAUAAGAUCAUCCCAAACCCAAAAGAUACUUCUACUGAAAAAUCAAAGAUCUCUGAAAAUCCUUCAAUCACUAUAGGGUUUGAAGGUGGACAGGAGAGAGAGGGAGGAAGUAAGGAUUGUGAGGGAGUGAGUGAGGGGAAGGGUGAAGAAGAAGGAGAGGAGGAAGGUAAAGGAGUUGAAGUAGAAGUAAAGAAAGAGGAUGGAAGUGAUGCUUUGGAAGGUUUAGACCGAGUUGAGAAGGAAGGUGAGGAGAAAGAUAGGGAUGAAGAGAAUAAGAUUAUUGAAGAAGAUUCUAAAUUCAGGGAAAUCCAGUCUUCAGAAUCAAAGGAAGAAGAUCUAAAAGAAAAGAACUUAGAAGAAACUAAUCUUAAGCAAGAGGAUCUUACAGAAAACGAUCACUCUCAUUCAAACAAAAACCUCCAUGAUCCCAACCAUCCCAUCCAAGAUAAGUCUCCUUCACCUCGCAAGACCUCUCCCUUACAUGUUUCAACCAGCAAUAUACUUUCAGAAGCCUCCCUCAACCCGAUUCCUACUGGAGAUUCUGUUAAACCUGAAGCCCGUACUAGUAUGGAUGGGAGAUGUGAGAUUGAGGAUGGUAGGGAGGAAUGGGAAGAGAGGAAAGUGGGGAAUCAGAUUGAUGGAGAUGGUCCUUUUGAGAAGAGAUUAGAGGAGAAUGAGGGAGUAUCUGGGAAGGAAGAAUUAGAAGGAAAUGAAGAGAUUGAUUUUGUUGUUAUUGAUAAGAGUGAGGUGAGAGAAGGUAUCUGUGAGAAUGGAAAGAAAAGUUCUGAUACCGAAAUGAAGGAAGUUAAGGAAGAGAUCUAUGAGAAGAACACUAAAGAAACCCAUGAGAUUUGUCAAAAAUCUAAAAUUCCUAAUUCUACUGAAAAUUUGCAGGAAUUGCCUCACCUUGCUCCUAACCCUCCCAAAACAUCUACCUCUCCUCAAAACCCUUCAAAACCCUCUCUUCCAUCAAAUUCCUCGACUCCUCCUCAAAAUCUCUCUUGACCGCAAUCCUCAGCCCACCACCCACCCUCUACACAAGAUCCUUCAGUGCCUGACCUUCAGUGUGACCUCUCUCAAAAUCACGAACAAAGCCCUAGUGAGAAGGAAGAAGAAGUUAAGAAGAAUGGAGAUGGUGAGGAGAAGGAGAUAGAGAGAAAGGAGAUAGGAGAGAAUGAUUGAGAGAAAGAGGGAGAGGAAAUAGAGGAGAUAGAAGAGGUGAAGCAGAUUGAAGAUACUAAGUGAGUAGGAAAGAAAGAGGAGAACGAAAUUCAGACCUCUGAAAACACAAAAGAAGAGAUUCUCCAAGAUGAGCCCAAAAAUACUAACCCCUCUAUCCACAAUCCCCCUUCUCCAGCCACCCCUUCCCACCACCAAGCCCCUUCCCACCCCCAAACCUCACCUCCCUCCCAACCCCCUCCACCCUCCAUGCCCCAUUCCAGCCCUCCCCUUCCCACUAAACCUCACCCUGACACCCCCUCUCAGCCCCAAAACCUCGCUCCCAAAGAAGAGCUGGACAGCUCCAAAGAAGCCGAAGAGACUAAGCCUACUGAAGAAGGAAGAGAAUUGGCCAAGAAGGAUGAGGCUGUGAUGGAAGAGAUUUUGAAGCAUAAUGAAGAAUGUGAGGAAGAGAGGGUCCAGAGUGAGGGAGGUGGUGAUAAUCUAAUAUCUGAAUCUGUCCCAAAGCCAAAUAGCUCUUCUUCUGAUCAGAUCAGGGAUCCUUCCUCUAAACCAGUAGAACAUGAUCCAGCUAGCCUCAAACAAAAGACUUAUACUGAGCAAGAGGAUCAAAAGGAUGCUGAAGAACAGAAAGAUGUUCAAGCUUGAAAACAUGAAGAAGAUAAAAGCAUUAAGAAUGAAGAUUAUGACAACAAUAGCCAAGACAGUCAUGAAACUAAAAUUGCAAAGGACAUUACCAAUGAGAAGUCAAUGAAAGAAAAGUAUUUUACAAAGUCUCUCCCUCAUGAUUGUCAAAAUACCCUAAAGGUAUCUGGUUCAAAAGAUUCUGAUCAAAGCUGGGAGUUAGUGGUGAAUGAUAAAGUCUCUGACAAGAUGAAAGAAGAGCCUCAAAUGAAACUUCAAAAGGAACAAGAUUCGAAUCAAAAGGAUGAGGUAGUCAAAGACAACGCACAAGAAGCUCAUAAAAAAGUCGCCAAUGAUUCUCCUCAGAUUACUCCUACUAAAAACUUUGCUUCAGAAUCUAAAACUCAGCUAGAAGACAGAAUUUCCCCUGAUACUAAAGCCCAACAUGAGAUAUCUCCUAGUUCAAGCACCACAACUCCUCAAUUCCUUGAAGAUUACAUUGGAGAAAUUUUAAACAAUGCAGUUGACCACGCCGAAGAAAUAGAAAAAUCAGAUGCUGCUUGGGAAGAGAAGGAGAAGAUGGAUGGGAUUGUUAGAGAAAUUAGGAGCAAGGAAGAUCAGUGGAGGGAAGAGAAGAAGAAGAUGGUGAAAGGUUGGGAUAGUGAGAAGCAGAACUUUGAGAGCCAAGAGGUAGAUCUAAAAGACCAAAUCACUGCUCUCACAACUCAAAAAGAAGCAUUAGAAUUGAAGAAAGUAGAAUUGCAAAAAGAGCUUUCUGCCCAACAAGAAGUCCUUAUGCAGCACCAUGAAGAAAAUUCUCAAAAACAGAGAGAUUUGAACAUCAAAAUUGAACAGAAGGAAACUUACAUUUCAUCCCUAAAAGCACAGUUACAGGAGUUGCAAAGGAAAUUUAAAGAGGAAACUGACAAAACCUAUCAACUUCAAGAGCAAGCUCACAAGCUCAAGGAGGAUAAAGAUAAUCAAAUUAGGAGUCUCACACAAGAAAGGGUCAAUCUUAAAACAGAGCUCAAGGAGCAAGAAGCCAAGGCUGCUCAAGAGGAAGAAAAAUACAACUUGCUAUUCAGAGAGACUCUUGAGAAACAUUCUGCAAUUCAGACGAAACUAGAUUUGGAAAAUGAACAGCUACAUUUUGCAAACAAUGAGUUACAGAACACCCAGGAGGAACUGAACAAAGUAAAGAUAGAGUUGAUUGCUAAGGAGAAAGAGUUACAACAAGAGACUCACAGAUUAAUGGAUCUGCUUAAAGAGGAGAUUGAUGAGGUGAAUUUGAAGCAUAGCAUCUCUGAGCAAUCCCAUAACAAGGCUAUUGAAGAACUUAGUCACAAAUUGUCAGAAGCCCAAAGGAAACUUAAAAAUGCUCAUCAGCAGAUCGCUGAAUUUUUGAAACAGCAGAAUUUAUGAGAGGAUCAUUGUGAAGACAAGUGCAAGAAAUCUGAAGAAAAAUACAAAACCUUGGCUACUUCUCAUUCUAAAGCUCUCAAAGAUGUAGAGAAAUUAGUUCAAGAAAGAGAUUCAGCUGAGAAAUCGUGCCAAUACAUGAAAACUGCUUUAGAGAAUCAGAUAUUAGUAGUUGAGAAUAAACUGAUGGCAGCAAGGCAACAGUUCAAUGGAAUUCAAGCGAACAAGUCUAAGGAUCAUCAGCUUGAGCUCUCAAAGCUAAGAAAGGACAAAGCAAAAGCUCUCAGAUUAGUCCAAAUUGAGAAGACCAAGGCUAUUAAGAAGAUUAUUAUUGAGAGAAAUCAGCAAGCUAGUAGUGCUAGUCUCUAUAGAAAGAUCGGAUUCGUUCUAUCUCUAUUCCUUAUAGGAACUUUGCUUAUGCUGAUCAAUGAGAAAGGAGGUCUCCAUUACUUACAAGGCAAGUUUUAAAUAGAAAGUGCAAUUAAGAAUUCUUUAAUAUUUCUU